UUCCUGUUCUUGAAACGCACGGUUGAUAGUUGCUCGAGUUUGAAAUAUUCAAAUGAUGCGGUAGACAAAAUUCAGCACACCACACUCCAAUAACUUUACAGCAGCAUUGAGGAAUUGAUCUCCGCUAGGUCGCUGGGGUUUUAAUGGAGUCUUCGCAGGGUCGGCUAUAUUUCACAAAAGCAGUGCAUUGAGUUACAUGUAUACUAUAUGCUUUGAUUGUAAUUAGGGGCAAGACAACCUGUAUCUGAUUUCCGAAGGUUUAUAGUACCGUUUUAACCAUAACACUUGCAUUUAAAGCUCCUUGUGUUCAGGUUCCAAAUGGCUUGGGCUCAAGGUGGAUCAUUUUGUGGUUCCAGAGGGGCCAGCUUUGCACAUAUCCUCAAGAAAAACAGUUUUUCGCCACCAGGAUUGCCUGCCGGAUCUGUGGCUCCAGCCGUCUCAGAAGUUAACAACCGCAGCAACCUCCUCGAGCCGGCGUGUCAACCCCCGCCCGGCCGCGACGUCAGGCCGAAAAGCGUUCCCCGUGAGCUGAUCGACCGGUACAAGUGCGGCGAGACUCAUGCGGUCUCAGCUCUGUACCAGCUGUCGCAGGUGCUGCAGUUCCAGAUUGAGUUCAGGGAAACCGUAACCACGGGUAAUGUCACCAGUUUCUACUUUGCCUUCUGUGCGAUGAUCGACGGGGUGAGGUACAAGACUGGCAUGGGGGCCACAAAGAAGGCGGCCAAGGCCCAAGCGGCCCAGCUUGCCCUUGAGGACCUGCUGCCCACCUUGGAUGGCGGUUCUCUGCUUCCGGAGGCAGGAGUUUUAGAGGGUCCUCCACCCUUGCCAGUGAAAGAGAGUCAGUUCAUGGGCUCAGAGACCCAACCUCGGAGAGCCAUUUAUGAGCACAAGAACCCCAUCAACGAGCACGUUCCCCAGGCAGUGAGAGAGCUACUCUGCAGGCUGAUGGCCGAUUACCCAGAGUUCUCAGCAUGCAGGAACACGGUGGCAGCGUUUGUCACUCAGACACCCACUGGAUUUGAAGUUGUGGCCCUUGGAACGGGGAAUUUCAACACAAAGGAGUGUGCUGCCCCUAAUGGACGGGUUCUUCACGACUCUCAUGCUGUGGUAACAGCAAGGAGAUCAUUGAUGCGGUAUUUGUACAGGCACCUGUUGCUUUUCUUCAGCAAGAAUCGCAGCCUUGAGGAAAAGUCCAUAUUUCAGCAGGACAAGAGCACUAUGCUGCUCAGUCUGAAGAGCCACAUCUCUCUACAUCUCUACAUGAACCAGAUGCCCAAAGGAGCCGCCCAGAUCCCCUCCAAUCUGCGCUUGAAACCGCUCUCCAUCUCCGCCUGGGAGGUCAACAACCAGAUAAGCCUGCAUGUGACUGUGGAGGGCAAGGUGUUCUCCGUCUUCUCCCCCACCGUCGACCUGGCCGCCUCCAAGUUGGUCAGCAUGUCGGCCAGUGACAAGAUCACCCAGUGGCAGGUUUUGGGCUUCCAGGGAGCCCUGCUCAGUCACUUUACUGAGCCGAUCUACGUCAGCAGCAUACUCGUAGGCAACGCAAGCCGCGGCGACGUGCGGGGAAUGGAGAUUGCGGUGAACCAGCGCGUGGACGGCAUCACACCCAGUCUGCCCAUGUACUACUGUGUUUACCGGCCUCAAAUUAGUCUGGUGGCCACUGCCUGCCCGGGCGGGGGUGUCACCCAUGAGUUGAGACACAGCCUGAACUGGAGCCAGGGGGACGUCUCCCUGGAGGUGGUGGACAGCCUGGGGGGCAAGACUGUGCAGGAGUCUCCGUUUAAGAGUGGCCCUGCUAUGGCCAGCCGCCUGUGUAAAGCAGCCAUGCUGAGUCGCUUUAAUCUGGUGGCCAAAGAGGCUCAGAGGCAGGACCUUCUGGCCACCGUCUCCUACCGGGAGUCCAAGAUGAUGGCCAAGCCUUACCAGGAGGCGAAGAGUGUGCUGCGGUCUUACCUAGCUCAGAAGGGCUACGGCUGCUGGGUGGUCAAGCCUCCUGUGAGUGACCACUUCCGCAUGUGAGAGGUCCCCAGCUUGAGCUGAAGAUCCAACUAUGCUUGGGAGAAAAUGUUUACAUAAAAUAAUAAAAUACCUAGCAGAACAAUAGAAUGGCCAGAUCCUGUAUACUGCAAGUCAACUUUCAUGGCCUAAAAAGUGUAUUAUAAAACCAGAAGAUCCCAGUUGCAGGGAUAAAGUGAGAUUGCAUUUAUUUUGUAUUUCCCAAUGUUUAGAAGGCAAAAGCCAUGUUUUCUGGUCGAAUAUGGUUUGAUUAGUGAUUUAUUUUUCACAAGUUGGAUGAUUUAUAUAUUGUGAGUUGAAUGACUGAAAUAAAGUUUUGUGCAGGAGAAUAUUAUGGAAAAAAUUUCUGUGAACGAUGCAAUUUAAAGUUGAAGGUGAGACCUUUCUUGUGUGUUGUAGGAAGUGACUG